CAACCAUUGAAAGAAGCCAAACCACCCCAGAAAAGCCUUUUGUGACCCAAGAUGACUUCAGAAAAGCCAAGUCUGAAGGACAUUCUCUACUUUCGGAACUGUUUUUGGAGGCCAGCUAGUAGGUUGGAGGCCAUCGCUAGUAGCGCAUCCCAAAAGUGAGACCGUUGGGUGAGCCGUUUUGGCCCAAAGCGCUUUGGAUUUGUGCCGGUUCGAAAAAGACGGAAACGACGUGAGCACAGCCAUGUACGCAGCAGCUGUCCUUGUUUUCCUUCCCUAUGCUCUCGCAGCAGAUCACUUCCUUCAACGAAGAACCAAUGUUUGCGAUGUGACAGGACAUUUCAGCUGCCAUACCGCAGUCUUCGAUGCGAUGGGCAAAAUCAGCCUCUAUUCCAAUGAGAAAGACGAGCUGACUUUGAUCCACAGCCGCUCUGCAACGUUCCUGAGGGUUGGGCUGCACUAUGGCGUUGACAACGAAGAAAUUCAACAUUGUGCGAAAGUGCCCUCACCUCAGCUCACGUAUCGGUGCGCCAUUGUCGAGACUCUGGGUCAUGAUCCCAAUGCUCGCUUCAGCGAUGCAUUCACUGACUACGUCUUCAACGAUGAUUGUAGUGCUUUUUCCAAAGUCGGCACUCACUUGUCCAAUACCGCAGUGGUCAAUGUCGAAUGUGUUCGCACAGAGUGAGUCACAACCUCGCUGACUCAUGUUUAGAGCUUGCGUCGUUGUAAAGCAUGACGCUGGCAGCUUUUGUCCUCUGUCUCAAAGACUCCACUUGUGCAGUGUGCAGCUGUGGAGCUGCCUUCUGGGCUUUCUGCCGAGGCCAGAAUGCAGCUUGUAGAUUCUUGCAUUCCAUAAAAUUUCCCAUUUCCGCAUCAAUAGAGUGCCAA